UUCUAUGCGAAGAGCGCUCUCUCUCUCUCUCUCUCUCUCUCUCUCUCUCUGGUCAUCGGUUUCUUCAGCCAUUGGAGCUAGCACGAAGGAGCUCGGACGCGCGGGGAAUAAACGGGCGAUCCGCAAAUGGAGGAGCCUGAAAAGGUCCUCGACCUCAGCAGUUUCCAGCUCCACGACCUCGACUCUGUGGAGCUGCCACCGGACCUGACCGAGCUCGACCUCACCGCCAACCGCCUCACGAGCCUUGACCCUCGGAUCGGCCGCCUGUCCAGCCUCAAGAAGCUCUCCCUCCGCCAGAACCUGAUCGACGAUGCCGCCGUCGAGCCCCUCUCCCACUGGGACGCUCUGUCCGGCCUCGAGGAGCUGGUGCUCAGGGAUAAUAAACUCAUGAAGAUACCUGAUGCCAGCAUAUUCAAAAGGCUUUUGAUUUUUGAUGUCUCUUUCAAUGAAAUUUCCUCUCUAAGUGGAGUGUCCAAGGUCUCAAACACUCUCAAGGAGCUCUAUGUAUCAAAGAAUGAAGUAACUAAGAUAGAGGAGAUUGACCACCUCGUUGAACUGCAGAUGCUCGAACUCGGUUCCAAUCGCUUACGGGUAAUGGAGAACCUACACAAUUUUACAAAAUUACAGGAGCUAUGGCUGGGACGUAAUCGUAUCAAACAAGUAAACCUGUGUGGCCUCAAAUGCGUUAAGAAGAUUAGCUUGCAAAGCAAUCGUCUGACCUCAAUGGCUGGGUUUGAGGAAUGUAUUGCUCUUGAAGAGUUAUACUUGAGUCACAAUGGUAUUGCAAAAAUGGAGGGCCUAUCAACAUUAGUCAACCUUCGUGUAUUAGAUGUGUCAUCGAAUAAGCUGAAGUCCAUUGACGACAUUCAAACUCUGACCAGGUUAGAUGACCUGUGGUUAAAUGAUAAUCAGAUAGAAUCACUCGACAGCAUUGCUGAAGCUGUUUCUGGUUCAAGAGAGAAACUUACCACUAUCUACCUGGAGAACAACCCAUGUGCGAAAUCUCCAAGCUACACUGCCACACUGAAACAGAUCUUCCCAAACAUCCAACAGAUUGACUCAGAAAUAAUUGCUUAAAACAUUUUGGGGUCCUAUCAUCUUGGUUAUGAAGUCUUUGUGCACAGCAAGAUAGCAAAAUAUGUUUUGGGUAAUCUUUCCAUCUUUGUAAUGGUGGCAUUUGGCAUCUGAGAUGAUCAUGGGUAAUAUCUUUUUCGUUUUCCCGGCAUUUGUAACUGUAAUGUGUUCUCUUUGCAGGACUUAUGUUGGGCUAGGAGUCAAGACUCUGGUUUUAUAUAUUCCAUGAGUUUAAAAAACAGCUUUUGUGAAUUUGAAUCGUCGUGCUUUUGUGAAGAUGCGAGACUUGGCACCGUUAGAAUUUUAACUUUAAAAUUCCAGAAAAUUUCUUUUAUAUUCGGACUUACUUGAUACUGAUCCAUAUCUUAGCUUGACUUGAUGUGAAGAAUUAUAUGCAUGACUAUUGGAAACUUGUGUUUUCCUACAAUACAAAUGUUACACACAACAGAGA